AUGCAAGACAUUCGUCAGCUUCCACAAACUCUCGUGGAUGUGCUCGAGGGGCAAUGUUCCCUGGAUCGUUUCGCUCUUGGCGGCCGGAUUAAAGGAGAUCCAACUCAGCGCGGCAAGCGAUUUCAAACAUUUUCAAAUCGAACACAAGAUGUGUUGCGGACAAAAAGUUGUAGUAAAGCAAUUAGUGAUUGA